CUCUGUUGUCCGUUCAAUGACCAUCAGCAGUCAUAUAGUUGAGCUACACUGAGUGAAACAUUAAUUGUUGCUGAGAAAUAAUUAUCAGUUGAGUAAUUGUGAUUCACUGCAGUAAACUUAUCGAAACAAGUAUAAUCUUAACGGUAGGAAAUAUUAUCCAAAAUGUCUGCUGUGACUGGAGAGGACAUAGGCCUCCUUGGGCAGGCUAUCAUUCAAAUAGGUGCUGGUGGUUCUGCUGGCUUUGUUGAAGUUUGUGUCAUGCAUCCCAUGGAUUUGGUCAAGACACGAAUGCAGUUGCAAGUCAACUCGAAUGUCAAAAGUCCUGGGUAUUACACAGGCGUUCUGGAUUGUAUGAAAAAAAUGUACGUACACGAGGGCUUGGGCUCAUUCUGGAAAGGCAUUGUACCACCGAUUGUCGCAGAAACACCUAAACGGGCUGUUAAAUUCUUUACAUUUGAGCAGUACAAAAAGUGCUUUUUACUGGGAGCUAGUGCACCGACACCCGUGACCUUUGCUCUAGCUGGAUUUUGCGCUGGAGUAACAGAAGCAAUACUAGUAAAUCCAUUUGAAGUUGUCAAGGUCCGGUUACAAUCGAACCGUGAAAGACUGAAAAAUACUCCGUCAACGUUUACCGUAACACGAGACAUCAUAAGAAAAAAUGGUCUAGGACUUGACGGUCUAAAUAAAGGGCUGUCAGCCACUGCCAUGAGGAAUGGAGUGUUCAACUCAUUCUAUUUUGGAUUUUAUCAUUCGGUGAAAAGCUACGUACCUGCCAAUAAAGAUCCUUGGAUUGAAUUCCUUUCGAAGGUAGGCCUAGGCUUUGUCGCGGGUACAAUAGCUUCAUGCCUGAAUAUUCCCUUCGACGUAGCAAAAAGCCGAAUACAAGGCCCCCAAGGAGAUGUCAAGUACAAGGGAACGUUGAGGACGAUAAAAAUUAUUUACCAACGAGAAGGAUUUUCAGCACUAUACAAAGGGCUGCUGCCUAAAGUCCUUCGACUGGGCCCUGGAGGGGCGAUAAUGCUCGUCGUCUAUGACUACAUGCAUGCCUUCCUGUCAUUUCACAUGAUCAAUUGAAUUCUAAUUGCCGCCAUUAAACAAUACCAUGAAAUAAACAAUCCAAAAUAAUUCAUUUUCGCCUCUUAUCCUAUCAUCUAUGAUACUGUACACAUAUACAGAGGCCGACAGGAAAAAAUAUCAAUCAUCGAGGACUGAAUCCAGCCAUUUCUCUAAGUCAAUGGACUUCGUCGGAUUGGCAGUGCUCCUUCUUUUCGAAUCUGUGUCAUAGAUUAAUAUUUUUCUUAAGUCUGGUGGAAAUGAAACAGUAAAAUAAUGA